UACUUUUGUUACUCUGGAAAAGUUUCAUGGAAUUGAAUGAAAGAAGGCGAACUUGUCUGUUCCGUUCCCCGAUUCUUUACUGGAAUUUCCCGCAUUAUCUUGUAAGAAAAGUAAGGCUUCCUCGUACCCCAGAUUUGGAGAAGAGAGGACCGUCAUCGCGAGGCAAGAAGAAAGAAGAGGAACUAUUGCUGGUGAUCAGGUUAUGGCGGUGAAAGGCGAAAGAGGGUUUGGGGCUUCCUGAGGGAAGAAGAAGAAGAAACGAACCGGUAGUGCUUCUUCUCCUUCUUCGGGUUGUUGUGCCUCGUGGUCGGCGUCUUAUUGAUAAUUGGGUUUGAGGGUGGAAUUGGUUAAUGGGUGCGAACCUGACGAGCCUGACGGACGGCAACGGAGACUCACUGAAGCCGGGACUGAGGGACAUCCCGGAGAGCUGCGUCGCCGCCGUGUUCAUGUACCUUAGCCCUCCGGAGAUCUGCAAGCUCGCCCGCCUCAAUCGAUCCUUCCGCAACGCCGCCUCCGCCGACUUCGUCUGGGAGUCGAAGCUUCCUGCCAACUACCGCUUCCUCCUGGCCAAGCUCUUCCCCGACCCCCUCGACUCUCUCAGCAAGAAGGAGAUCUUCGCCGUCCUCAGCCGCCCCCACCCUUUUGACGCCGGCAGCAAGGAAGUAUGGUUGGAGAAGACCACAGGUGCUGUCUGCUUGGCAGUUUCUUCUAAAGCUAUGUCAAUAACAGGAAUUGAUGACCGCAGAUAUUGGAAUUUUAUACUCACUGAUGAAUCCAGGUUCCAUGCAAUUGCAUAUUUGCAGCAGAUUUGGUGGUUUGAAGUAGAUGGCGAGUUUGAGUUCCAAUUCCCAGCUGGAACAUACAGCCUUUUCUUCAGGCUUCAGUUAGGAAAGCCCACAAAGAGACUGGGCCGGCGAGUCUGUAACUUUGAUCAUGUCCAUGGAUGGGAUCUAAAACCUGUGCGCUUCCAGGUGUCCACAUCUGAUAGCCAACAUGCAUCAUGCCAGUGCUUUUUAGAAGAUCCUGAAAAGAAUGGGAAUGAGGGGAUCACAAAGCACAUACGAGGUAGCUGGAUGAAUUAUCAUGUGGGUGACUUUGUGGUCAGUUCUUCCAACAUUCCCACCAAGAUUAAAUUUUCAAUGACCCAGAUUGAUUGUACUCACUCUAAAGGUGGUCUCUGCGUGGAUUGUGUGUUGAUAUAUCCAAGUAAUUUUACUGAGAAGGGAAAAUAUUUCUAGGGUGGAGUUAUAUGGUAUUCUUCUUGUGAUAGGAAUCAUGGCCUAGUGUUCUGCUCCAUUUUUUGAGUAAUUGUUCGGUGAUUCAAUUAUCUAAUGGAAAGUUCUUUUUGGGAUGUCUGUAAUGUGUAAAAUCCGUUUCAUUCACAUAGCAUGUCUAUGUGAGUUUUGUAUGCCAGUGUGAUAAACCUUAAAAUGCGUAUACUUGCUGUGUACUGAAGCGAUAUACCUUGGUUAUAUUUUAUGAGCCAAAAGUUUUUGUUUGAUUAAAUUGCCCGGACUGGAUUGGAUCAUAUCUUUGUUGCCCAACCAGAGUUGGACUCUGAACAUACCCACCAGAAGAAGGAUAUUGAGGGAGGGGGAAUUUUUUCCCUUUCUUUUCCUCA